CUAAAAUCGCAAAAGCUGAAUCGUCGUGACUUGGUUUGAUCUUGGCCACGGCGAUAUUGCUCAGCACAGAGACAUUUGAACUAAUGGAGGAAGGUAGUGAAGUAGGAUCAAAAGAAAUGGCGAUGGCGAUGGCGAUGGCGAUGGAAGGAGUAGCUUCAAUCGCACUUUUGCCGUGCGGCUCAGUCUCCGGCCACUUCAUUCAACUUCCUCACUCCAUCUGCUACGGCCUCCAUGGCACUGAAUUGGAAUGUGAAAGAGAAUGCAGCAGGGGUGAGGAUUACCGCUUGAUCAAGCUCACUAUUACAAACUACAAUAAUAAGAAAGAACAAACAGUCGUUGUUGAACGUAGAGGCCAUGACGCUGCACGGUUUCACAGCAUUGAGCACGCUCAUGGUUGGGAAGAGGAUGUAGUAAGCCUGGUUAAAAAGAAGCAUGGAAAGAACCAGGUUGCGAUAUCGUUCGAGUGUCAAACAUUGAAGUCGGAGCAAGCAGCCGAAGAACAUAUCAGACAGUUUAUUCCCAAAUUAGCUGGCCAGGAUGCUGUGGUUAACAUCGGACCGAUGAGCAUCAAAGGAUUGGACUUUGAAGCAGAGGAGCAGCCGGGAGAGUGAUGCAACCAUCUAAAUGUAGCAACAGUUCAAUGCUUCAAAACAAAUAUGUUCACUCUCAUGUGUAAAUUUCAAUUUUGAAUCCAUUGGCAUAGAUUUUUGGCAGAUUAUGAACUUUAUUUCAAGCCGUACCCUGUAAGUUAAGGCCCCUCAAUUGAGAUUGGCCACUUAAUUUUUCUUUUUGUCAAAGAGAAUCUCCAUUUUUUUUCUCAUU